AUGAACCUGGAGCUCCAGGGGAUUCAUCAAGUCCGCUGGCUCUCCAGGGGUGACGCCGUUCUGCGUCUGGUGGCCGUCUUCCCCGCGCUCAUCGUCAUGCUGUAUGAGUGGGACGAUACUCUGUACGGGCUCGCCACCAGCUACAGGUUUCAUUUUCUCUUGUACUUCCUUGCAGACGUGCUCGAGCAGCUGAACAUCUCGAACAAGGCAUUCCAGCAGCGAGAGCUUGACUUCGCAGCUGUCCAUGCGCAGAUCAGGAGAAUCGUGUCUUACCUCGAGACCCGCUACGUCGACUGCGGCGACGAUUUUGGCGGCGGGUUGAGCGCGCGCCUGUCCCUGUUCAUCAUGAAGUACGGGCCAGACAGUGACAAACCCGAGGUGACGGUGCAAGGGGUGGACUCUGACGGUCGGCCCACCAAACACAAGUUCAAACUGCAUGAGAACCCAAGCAAGGACUACCCGACUCUGGGAAGCCACGACGCCUGCGUCGAUCUCUGCACGUCAUUUGCCGAGACGCUCGUACGAAACCUCAGCAAGAGGUUUGAAGACUUGGACUCCCUUGUGGGAGUGAGGUUGUUCACGCCCGAUGAGUACCCGCUUGAGAGAACGGAUCGCCACAAGCAGUGUCUCGAGUGGCUCAUGUCACUCAUCACGCUGUUCAGGGCACGGGAGACAGACUACAUCCUCCCUGGUACGUGCACGUCCUAA